UCUGAACCUUCACUUGACGUCUAGUCUCUCUGUUGGGGUGCACACGGAUUGACCACUCCUUUGGGCUUUUCUUUUUUCCUUGGAUAUUUGGGGGGGAAAAGCUAAUCCACAAACAUGACUGACGCGCAACAAGAGGCCCGCUCCUACCUGAGCGAGGAAAUGCUGGCCGAAUUCAAGGCCGCCUUCGACAUGUUUGACACCGACGGUGGCGGUGAUAUCAGCACCAAGGAGUUGGGUACCGUGAUGAGGAUGUUGGGCCAGAACCCGACAAGAGAGGAGUUGGAUGAGAUCAUCGAGGAGGUCGAUGAGGACGGUAGCGGUACCAUCGACUUCGAGGAGUUCUUGGUCAUGAUGGUGAGGCUGCUAAAGGAGGACCAGGCCGGCAAGAGCGAGGAAGAGUUGGCAGAGUGCUUCCGUGUGUUCGACAAGAACGGCGACGGUUACAUCGACAGAGAGGAGUUCGCAAUCAUCAUCCGCAGCACCGGCGAGCCCAUCACAGAGGACGAGAUUGAUGAGCUGAUGAAGGAUGGAGACAAAAACGCCGACGGCAUGCUGGACUUUGACGAAUUCCUCAAGAUGAUGGAGAAUGUGCAGUAAAACCAGAAAGACUCAUGGACAUUCCCCUGUGAACCCAGAACGCACCCUACCCCUCACUGACUCACCCCAACACCCCCCCUCCCCCUCCCCACACUUCCUCUCCUCCAUCCUGUCCCUCUGGUUCUCUGCCUCUCUUCUUCAUCCUUAUAGACAUCCUCAACAGACAGCUAGGGCACCUGGCGGGGGUCGCUGGCUGGGCCACACUCUUCCCCAGCUCGCUUGUAAAUGCAGACAGCCCAUGGAUGAUGCGCUGACACUGUACCCCGUGACAGGAAGGCAUGGCUGCAAUGUGAAAAUUCUCUGCACACACCUUUUGCGGUAUGCAUGGCGUUAACAGGCACGUGUCACCAGCGAACCCCCCUCCUACCAAUAAAACUCUGAUCUAGAUGUAGUCUAGAUAAAACGGCAGCCUGUUACCUGCUGCUUAGACCAAUUAAUUCAGCCACUUCACUGUACAAAGAAGUCAUUUGCAGAAUAAAUGAAAUAACACAUGCUCACUUGUAGUUGGUCUGUCAUAUUUAUGGUCUGUGUAAAAAAAAAUUUUGUUUUGAGGAAUAUCAAUAAAACCUGUUUGUUUCUUC